UUCAGUUUGCUACGGCGAGUUCCGGAGUCACAGAGUUCGCGGAUGUUGAAUCUGGAAGAGUAAACGGUCCGGUUGACCCGAGGUUGACCUAUUCCUAAUUCGGAGGGAUUCCAUCGUUUCACAUAGAAUGGCUCACGCCGCCGAUUUCAGAAACCGUUUCAUCAAAUUUUCAAAUAAAUCUCUCACAGUGUUAGCGUAACUUCAUGCUCCAGUAGUUCAGACGCAGCGCGGUAAAGUGCAGGAGUUUCAUAAAUUUUAUCUAAAAACAUUUUCCUCAUGCAUCCUAAUCGGUAUGAGACAAAUUGAAUCGUUUGAAAAGGAGAAAUAAGUAAGCGAUACCCACGUAAUGUUAUAAAAUAAUAACGUUUUUAUCCCAACGAGGCUGUGUCAAGUAAUUCCUCAAGGGAGAGACAUUUCCACCGAAAUGGUCUGGAGCGUAGUAAUUCAUCUGUAUCAAAUUAUUUGUGCGAAUUGAAUUAACCUUUCCCAUCGACGCGACACAACCGCUGAUAAAUAACUGGGUUUCAGUUUACUUGGAAAAGGGAGAAUACAACGUAAUCGUUGUGGAUUGGGGAGCUCUGGCAAAUACCACGUGUUACGUCCACGCCGCCAGAGCCGUCUCCAAAGUCGGUGACAUGAUCGGGCGACUACUGGACCAGCUGAUCCUCUCCGGGGUGUCCUUGACCUCAAUUCAUAUAAUCGGUUUCAGCCUCGGUGCCCAUGUCGCUGGGUUUGCAGGCAAGAAUGUCAAACUCGGUGUCGUCAGGCGAAUCACAGGUCUGGACCCGGCGCUUCCGAUGUUCAUCGCGAAGGAUUCCGCCAAGCGAUUGCAUCAGACAGACGCUGUUUACGUAGACAUCAUUCACACCUGUGCUGGAACCCUCGGCAUCAAAAGCCACAUCGGUCACGCCGAUUUUUACCCCAAUGGCGGAUCUGAACAGUCGGGGUGCUACGACGGUGAGAGAGACCGUUCAGCGUAUCGAUACAAAAACGACUUCGAGAAGUCUGCUACCAAACGAAACGCGCGACAGAGAAAAUCGAAAUUCCUUGUGUGAAUAUUAAUUAAUUUUAUUCAUAGUGUUAUGUUCGCACAGUCGAGCACCUCUGUACUAUUCCGAAUCCGUCCGUCGACCGCGAGGAUUUAAAGCCCUUCGAUGCGAUUCUUGGAAUCAUUUUUUGCACGGCGAUUGUGACUCCA